GAUCUGAAACCCGAAAUUUCGAAUUGUAACCUCUUCGCCGCCAUUUCUUCAAGGUUUAUUCAAAUCCCCCCCCUAAAAAUGGCGCUUCUACUCUCCCCUUUUUCUUCCUCCCUCCUCCGAUUCUUCCAUCCCCCCCCCCUCUCUCUCUCUUUUCGAGCAUGGCCGAGAAGGAAAAUAGCGGGAGGAUGACCAGAGCAGCUGCGAAGAGAAAGGCAACCAUGACGGCUGCGACGGACGAAAAGCGAGCGAGCAAGAAGAGAGUAGUGCUCGGAGAGCUUCCGAACGCUUCCAAUGUCGGCGUUCCUGUGAAUCCAGAACAGACCCAGAAGCUAAAAAGAACUGUCAAGGCAUCUACGAGGAAGAGAAAGCCCGCUACGGUGUCCGAGACGGCUAAGGUUUCGGAGACGGCUGUCGAGUCGAGCGUCGACAUUGAUGCGCGAACUGAUGAUCCGCAGAUGUGUGGCCCUUACGUCUCCGACAUCUAUGAGUAUAUUCGUCAAAUGGAGGUGAAUACAAAACAACGACCUCUGCUUGAUUACAUUGAGAAGGUUCAGAAAGAAGUAAAUCCCAACAUGAGAGGGGUUUUGGUGGAUUGGUUGGUGGAGGUUGCUGAAGAAUACAAACUUGUGUCGGAUACUCUGUUUCUCACCGUCUCUUACAUCGAUAGAUUCUUGUCCUUGAAGAAUGUCGAUAGGAAGAAACUUCAGCUUCUUGGAGUUUCUUCAAUGCUUAUUGCGUCUAGGAAAUAUGAAGAGAUAAGUCCUCCAAAUGUGGAAGAUUUUUGUUACAUUACCGACAACACGUAUACAAAGCAAGAAGUGGUGAAGAUGGAGGCUGAUAUACUUCUCGUUCUGCGGUUCGAAUUAGGAAGACCCACCAUCCAAACAUUUCUAAGACGGUUCACAAGGGCCGCCCAAGAAGAUUUCAGAAUGUCACACUUGCAGUUAGAGUUCCUUUGCUGCUAUCUAUCAGAGUUAAGUUUGCUAGACUAUAACUGUGUGAAGUUCCUUCCAUCUAUGUCGGCCGCUUCAGCAAUCUUUCUCGCCCGAUUCAUUCUCCAUCCAAAACAACAUCCUUGGAAUCAUAUGUUACACGAGUACACGAGAUACAAACCGGCUGAUCUGAAAGAAUGUGUCGGUAUCAUACAUGACCUUUACCUGAGCAGAAGAGGAGGCGCUCUACAAGCAGUGAGAGACAGAUACAAGCAACAUAAGUUCAAGUGCGUGGCCACGAUGCCCGUCUCGCCAGAGAUUCCUCCAGACUUUUUCGAGGAUUUCAUGGGUUGAAAUAUGGUGGUAAGGGAAGGUUAUAUAGAAGCUUUGUGUUCAGACAGCAACAAAGGAAAGGAACUGAACUCAUUGAGAUAAAAACACGGGCAAGAACAUAAGUGAAGGGGAAGCAGUCCAGUCACUUGUCUUGAAGUGCAGAACUGAAGAUAAUCCAUUGAAAUCUGACUAUC